AUCUCCAGCUAGUUAGAAAAACUUCUCUCGUCUAUCCAUGACUUCAACUCUACGCUAUAUCUCUAUGGAAAUAAUCCGCACACUUUAGUGUAGUCCAUAAACUGUAGUUUUGUUCACCGGUUACAUUUUCAGUAUAAUAAACAUCUUUUAGCGCAGGGUCAUGGCAUUUUAGGUGUGUUAAAAAGCCAACCAAGAAGCUAACGUUAGCUGACGUUGAUAAUACUUCACGCCAGAUUACUUAAUUAGCUAGCUUUAAGCUUUAGCUUGGACAAACGGAGCUGGGAGAGAGUGAAAUGCAGAAUGUGCACAUCGAUACUGACAGUUUAGAUACAAAAUGUGCAUUUUUUACAAAUGAACGUUGUUCAGUGAUAUGCCUCAUAGGGGAUAAUUUGAUCAAUAUUUCCCCAUUAUUAUCUGAAGCUUUGUAGUUUAACGUUAAGGUCUGAACGAUGUUUACACUGAAAUGAACCAAGAGAGAAGAUGUAUGAAUCAAGCUGACAGUUCACGGAGAUCAUCCCUGCAGUCUAGUGACUUUCCAGCUGAGCCCUGGCACAGCACCCCAGUGAAAAAGGAUGCGAGGCCUGAGGCUGUGGCUAGUGGAAGAGACAGGAUGGUUAGACAAGAGAACGGGCCAUUCCAAAGGCGGCUCCCACUCUCAACCUCUCUGCCCCUCACACAGGACUGUCAGACGACAGUAUGUGAUCUGGAGAACAGCACCCUCCUGAGGCAGCGGCGGGAACUGCAGCUCCUGAUGGCUGAGCUGAAGGACCGGGACCAGGAGCUGAAUAACAUGGCCGCUACCCACCAAACGCAGCUGCUUGCCUGGCAGCAGGAUCGCCAGCGCGUGCUAAUGCUGGAGGAGAGAUGUGCGCGCCUAGAGGAAGAGCUGCAGCAGCAGCACGAGAUGUUGCGUCGGGUGGGGCGGCGUGUCCAGACGGCCGAGGCCCAGGAGAAGAGCAGCCAGAGGGAGCUGAGUGCCGCCCAGCAGCAGCUGCAGGACCUCCAGCACACACAGCGACACAGCAGCCAGCUGCAGCAGGAGCUGGAGGACAGGAACCAUGCUCUGAACUCCACCAUCACGCUGCUGUCCAGCCAGGUUGGCCAGCUCCAAGCCAGAGAGGAGGAACUCGGUGCAAUGCUCAAACUGAAGGACAAGGACGUGACGGAGGCCAUCGCUCACAUCCAGGAUCUGUCCAGCCGACUCAGGAUGCAGGAGGAUUCUCAGAGGGAGCUGAGGACGAGGGAAAGUAAGACCUUCGCCGAGCUGGAGGAAGUGAAACGGCUCUACCGUCAAGUCCGCCACGAGCACACAAGGUUCAAAGAUGAACUUGAGGAGAAGACUCUGGAGAACAGCACCCAGAGGGAAGAGGUGAUUCGCCUGAAGCAGGAGACGCAGUUGCUGAGGAGAGAUCUGCUCAUCUCAGGGGAAGGAGAGAGUUGGAAGGAUGAGAUGCUGGAACUGUCUCGCUCAAAGCAAGAGCGCACCGAAGUAGAGCUGCGCUGCCUGAGACAGGUGUGUGCGAAUCAACAGAAUGACUUGCAGCUCCUCAAGUUGAACCUGGAGAGCACUCAGGAGGCCCUCAAAGUUCAAAGGUCACAUGACAGCCAGGGGGAGGCAGCGUGUUCCCCCCAACCGGCCAGCCCCGUCUUAUGGACCUCAGUCAACCCUGGAGGUUCCCCCAGAGCCAUCUACCUCUCCUCACCAACGUCACCCAAACAGGGUUUUCAGGAAGCGGAUUGCACCUCUACCGAUCGUCUGCAGCGUCUUCUUGAAGAAUCUCGGCAGAUGGUCGCCGCCUUGGAGGGUUUGUCCCUGGAAUCGAAAAGCUCCUCACCACGCCCUGCCCACGCACAUACUCCUAGCCCCUCCCACCCUCCAUCUCAUAGCCCCUCCCCUAACCACGCCUCAGCAGGGACGCUCAAUGGUUGCUAUGACUACAGCAGUAGCCAACACAGUGGUUCUGAAGUUCAUUCACAGAAUUCUUCUGGUCAUUCCAGCGCACUGAUUAGAAAGAUUCAUCAUCUCACCAAAAAUAGUCCGUCCAAGCCUGGAGGGGACACAAGCCAAUAGCGCCCCCUUGUGGAGGGUAAUUUUACUGCCAUUUCCUCUUUGGACACAUCCUCAGGAGCACCGAGAGACCUCUGGGCCACUGGCCUUACAUACUUCAGGAGGAGCAAGAGCCAGGCCUGAGGAGCAAGGCUCCACUGAAGGCACUGCUGAACAUAUGCCAAGUUAUUUUUAACUUUCAUACAUAUCUUCAUAUGCCUCUAAUUAAAGUGAAGGAUAUUUUAAAUGACUAUGCUCUGUUUUUAGUGGGGUAUUUUUUACAUGGUAUUGGCAUUUUGCUAUUGAGAUCUAAUGUUUUUGUUUGGUUGGUAAGGUUUUGCUUUUCUUUUUUUUAGUUUUUUAGUUUUUCUUCCAGAUCUUUUUUUUUUCUCAGAUUUUUACUUGCAAAAACAACAGUGUUAUAACCCAAAGGUAAACUACUUUGUGUAUAGGUCAUUUGUAAAUAUACAUAUGUAAAUAUUUGUUUAUAUGCUAAAUAUAUGACCUAAUUCAA